GUGAAAUUACAAAGCACACCUUGAACAACCUUAGACACACCUCUCCCCUAAGUCGAGGCAAUCCCCACGUGACUGCCUAGAAAAUUAAAAUGGCGGAUGAUCGUGAACCUCCUGCCCUUUUCGAAGAUGAAGCUGAGACGCCAGAGACCAACCCGGACGAGCAAGUUAACGGUAAUCCCUUUAUUGGAGAGACCACGGAAAUUACUCUAGAUGACGAGGAAGCCAAGGCAGACACUGUUCCUGAGGAGAGUGACAAGGGUUCGUCCGAUCUUGCUGCAGGCGGGAGCGAAGAAAAGUCCGAAACUUCUGCGGCGGCUUCCGUGGAUGUCACCAACCUCUCGAAACCGAGCGAGGAUGACAGCGAACCAGCUCCGACAGAAAAACCUGAGGUUGUAGAUACCGAAGAUCUUAUAUUAUUUGGCUCUAUCUGAAUCUAUUUUCAGAAUGAUUACUCUCAAUCCCUCCCAUUUUUAAUUGUCUAAUUGGCAGAUCAGCCAGACCCAACUCAGUUUACUUUCGGUUAAUUGAUCGAUUCACGUAUUAUAUCAUCUCAAAGUCUAGGACUGAAUUUAAAACAAAAGUGUGUCUUUGUAUUAUUUUAUUAUAAAUCCGUAAAUAUUUAUGGAUAAGUUGUUAAUGAGUUGUUGCUGGUUUACCCUAUAAUAAUUAGAUGUUUAUUCUACCUUAAGUGGAAAACAUUUACGAUUUUUCCUUCAAGAGAUGCUGAUUUUCCUUGCAGGAAAAGGAAGUUGAAGAAGACGAGGAGGAUGACACCUUUGACAUGAAUAUUAAAGUGACAGAUCCUGAAAAGAUCGGUGUGUUUUCUCAACAUUUCUUUUGUUUGGAGUUUUUUAGUCAGCACUAUCAGCAGCUCUGGUUUGUUAAAUAUGUUCUUCACUUUUUACUCAAGAAUUUUGAACUGCAGCAAUUCAGUCGUUAUUGAGUACAUUAAGUGCAAAUCCCAUGCAAAUGUGACCCUAAAUUCUUUUUUCUUCCUGUUAAAAAAAGUUUGAAAAACCACAGUACAAUGUGCUGAAAAGUAAACUAGAGUCAGCUGGCUUUAUUUCAAUGGCCACUUUUGAGGAGAGGCAUAUGAAAGAAAAGGACUUAUUUCAAGAGGAGCUACCUGUUUGUACACUGUUGUCCUUAACUUUUUGAAAGAACUCCUCUUGUGAUAAUGAGGUCUGCCAUUGAAGAUCUACAGGUUGAUAUUUCUAAAAGUUUUUUUUCAUCAAUUUAACCUUUUAACUUGCAACAUCUCAUUAGUAAUUCUCCUUACUGGCUACCAAACCAUUUUUAUCAACUAAUAAUCCCUUAAUUUCUAUAUUUAUUUAUCCUCAUAACUGGACUGGUAACUCAUGGGAGGUAAAGGGGCAAGCAUAUCACACCUCUAUUUAAUGUUACUUUUGCAGGUGAUGGCAUGGGUUCUUAUAUGGUUUUCAAAGUGACAACAAUGGUAAGUUAAAAAUUAUAUGACCUUUUUGCUGUUUGACGUGCACUGUUGUGUUUUUUCAUUUAUAUAGAUCUGUUCACUCAUUACUUCCAAAGGUCUGAUCAGAGAUUCUUUACCUUGUUGCAGGGUUGUAGGUUAGAAAUUAGGGUGUAGGCUUAAAUUUUGUGUUAGACAUUGAACAAUUAUAAGUGUGUAACCUUGGAGUGCCUUUGUGCAUUAGUAAGUGAUGGCUGGACUGGGCAAAAAUCCUGCCAGAUUUUUCAUCCUACAAAUUUUGCCAGCAGUCUGCACUUAACAACAACCCUGAAGUUGCCUUUCAUUUCUUUGAAAACGUGUUAAGAGUUUGGUCUUCUUUUUAAGAGUAACUAACCGUAGCUGACAUUCGCUUAUUUUCUUAAGAUAUUGUACAUGAAUGUGUUUAUCACUCUUGUCACACUUAUUUUACUGCCUUUAGAGAGAGACCAUUUCAAGGUAGAUAACAGCUAUAGAAAAAAUCCAACGGCAGCUUUGAUUUUUGAUGAAUGCAAAUUUGAAAUUUAAACUUAUGACCUUACUUUACCAUAGACAAGUAUGCCAACAUUCAAGAAUUCAGAGACAUCUGUGAAGCGUCGAUUUAGUGAUUUUCUAGGACUCCAUGAUCGAUUAAAUAGCAAAUUUCUUCACCUUGGAAAGAUUGUGCCCCCAGCUCCUGAGAAGUCUGUUGUUGGUGAGUAAUCACUGAAACUUUGUGAAAAAAUUGCCUGUUUGCCAUUAAUUUCUACACAAACUUCAUGGUUUAUCAAUGGUCAAGAGAAAAUAGUCUUAUGUUAUAGAUUCAGUACAAGUUUAAGAUGUAUUUAUUUAUUUUAUUUUCAGGCAUGACCAGGGUCAAGCUUGGAAAAGGAGAGGAAAGCACCCCAGUUGACUUUAUUUCCAAGAGGAGAGCUGCCUUAGAGAGGUAAAUUACUUGUGAAAAUUGCCUGUGAUACAGAUCUAAAAGUUGCAAUCUGACUUUGUUAAACUGCUGCUGUUAACGCAUGAGCUGCAUGUCUCAUUUACCCAUUUAUAUACUUUUCUUUCAUUUUCUUUCUAUUUUAGUGUUAAUUUUCCUUUUUCAGUUGUGGUAUUCAUUAUUCAAACUACUUGUAUCAACUGUUGUAUUCUAUCCAGCUGUGACUACUUUGAAUUUAUCUUGUAGACCCUAACAUCAGUAUGCAGAUUCUCUAUACUGUUCUCUGUAGAUUUCCUAAGGUGCUGAUAAAGAUACUUUGUCUAAAAAUCAAGAGCCUCUUAAGUUGAUGAGCAUUUCAUUUCUCUUGGUCUAAAUAUGUGAUUCAGGGGUGAUAUUGUAAGGAGAAGAUAGAGGCUAACAACUUUUAGGGUUCUAAGGGUUAAUGUGGAAGCAAUUCUUUGUUUUAAGCUUUUGUGACUAAAAUAAUUUGCAUUUUAUCUUUCACUUAAUUUUACUAUCCAUUGAUGUUUCCUCUCCAGGUAUCUUAACAGAGUUGCUCGACAUCCAACCUUACGUGAAGAUCCAGAUUUCCGACAAUUUUUGGAAGCUGAUGUGGUAUGUAUAAUGUCCUAUUCUUGAAUAGUUCUUUAAGCCUGGCAAUUCUUUUAAGUGCUUUGUGGAUGUACCCUGUAUGCUCCUUGAGUUUUUAUGUGUUAAUGACUUCACCUCAACUAGACUUUUGUUGAGUGGCACUGAUGAAAAUUGUUCCUCUUUCUACAAAGUUGCCCAGAGCCAAAGACACUGCAGCACUCAGUGGAGGUGGUCUGAAACGAUUUGUGAAGUCAGUUGGAGAUACAAUGUUUCAACUUACUACUAAGAUGUCUGAAUCAGACCAGGUGAUGCUAAUGAAAGUUAUAUCACGCAAUUGUAGUCAUAUUAUAACACAGAGGGCACUGCACCUGCUUUCAUUGAUAAACAUUGUAGAGAAAAAUACCUCUAUAAGAGUUGUGCAUUAUAGCAUGAGCAGGGCUGGUUGAAGCUAAAUUCCUUUAAAUCUACAGUUUUUAUUUUUAAUUUUUCUUCACCUGGCAUACAGUUAUGAUGCUUAGACCUUGCUGGGCUGGGUGACCUUAAGCCAAAUUUUUUUUCCUGUCGAGCCCUCACACUUGGUCAAUAAAUGCACAAUAUUCAAGGUCAUUGGCAGCAUCUGUGUGUGUACUUGUCCUUGUACAUGGCUCCAAUGCAACCUUCCUCUGCGAUUGAAUGUGUCAAACUUCUUCAACAGUGGUUUGAGGAGAAGCAACAACAGAUUGAAACUCUUGACCAGCAGUUAAAGAAACUUCAUCUGAGUAUGGAAACACUAGCAUUACAGCGCAAAGGUUGGUUUUUUAAUGGUAAAAUGAAAAAAAAAAUGGUUGAUUCUAUUAGUUUAAUGUUUAUUGGAAUGUCUUAUUUUUGUUGCACAGAUUUGGGAGGAGAAUGUAUCCCUUUUGUUUAUCUCCUUCAAUUUUCCACCAGAAUUUCUGGUUUUAACCCUUUAACUCCCAGAUCAACUUUUUAACUCUCCUUACUGUCAACAUACAAUUCUUAUAAUAUUAGUCCAGGGAACUUAGUACUGGAUCAACUAAUUAUCCCCAAAUUGAAAUUUUUCUUUAUUCAUAUCUCUUGUAUUGAUAUUGUACUUGGGGGAAAUUCUUUCUUGGUCACUCAUGAAUGGGAGUUAAAAGGUUAAGCUCUUUACAGCUUUACUUAAGAAGCACAGAGCUUGUAAAUUGAAGUGCUGUAUCUUAUGUUUAGUAACAUUUUUGUCAACAGAAUUGGGCUCUUGUACUGCAGGUUUUGCUAAGUCUACUGCUAUGCUAAGUAAGUGAACUUUACUUUUGAUCAUUAUACUUCAUUUAACUGCUGUUAUCUUGAUGCACACUGUAGAAAAAUACAUUCCUCCUAGAAGUAGAAGCUUUGAGUGGCCUCUGUGUCUGACAAAAGAGAGGCAGCACAUCAAGUACUUAGUCCAUUGCCAUUGUCAUGCAUGUGAGAAUUAAAUUGUUUCCUUGAAACUAUGGGUUGAGAUCCUUAAAUAGUUCUGUAAGCAUCUCCAUCCUAAAUAGUUUCAAUUUGAGACUGUCAGCUUAUGGAUAAAGUAAGCUGUCAGCGUACUUUUCAGUGGUACUCUGCCUCAAGCUGGAAAAUAUUAAAUGCACAGGUGCAUACCUUUGUGUAGAUGAAGCAUUUCAGACUUUUUUUCAUUGUUCAUUGUGUGAAGAGGUUGACAAAAACUGAACAAGCAUUUUUUUGUAACUUUUAGUUAACAAAUCAACUACCUAGAAAUGUUGUAUUUUAGAGCCCAUAUUGAUAGCAGUAGCAUGAAUGAAGGGGUUACCCUGAUUAGAUUUAUUAGUGUUAAUUUUAUUAUUGUUAUAGUUAUUAUAAAAAGCUAAAUUGCAGCAGAGUGAUUUCAUUGCAUUAGUUUUUAUUCACUGAUCAGCUAAACUUGCCAGAGAUUUUCAGUCCACCUUUUUGUGGCAUGAUAAAAUGACAUUUUUAUUGGUGAAACUUAUGGUGACAAUGGCUCUUGCAGAGCAAGCUCACUAUGAUUUCCACAGAAUUGCAUUUUAUGUUAAAGAAUGCAUUUACACUAUGCAUGACUUUAAACCAAUCAUUUGGUGUCAAUGACUUCUUUUGUUUUAAUAGGUAAUGCAGAGGAACAUGCUACAUUAUCACGAGCACUUUCACAACUUGCUGAAGUUGAAGAGAAGAUUGAGCAGCUUCAUGUGGAGCAGGUAGAGAGUUUGAUUGAACUACAUGAAGUUAUGUUGACAUUAUGAAUACUUGUUACAGUGUAAGUCUGAUAGCACUUACUGUACAUGUAUAACUCAUUACUGGCCUGCAAAAUCAUAUUUAUAUUGGUUUUUCAUGUUUGAAGUGACUAUUACAUAUAUCACAUUCAGUGUUCUUUCUUAUUUUGAGCACGACAGUUAAAUUUUCCAAAAUGUUGAAGCAUUUUUUUUACCAGUUCAAAUUCAAUAAUUCUGAGUAAUUUUUGGUGAUAGUAAGAGGUACGACAGGUGGUAAAUUUUACUGGUUGUCACCUUAAGAGGAGCAGACAAACUCUAAAGGAAACUUACCUGCAUAAUGCUUGUUUUUUUUGCUUACAUUUGCUGACACUCAUUACUGGCCAUAAAUCUUGAGGAAACACUGUGAGUACUGUGAGAGAUACUUUUAGUUGUCUGAUUAUAACUUGGUGGCGUUUUCAAGGGCAUGAACUAACUCCUCUAGAUCAAGUCAAGUUAAAUUAUCUCUCACGGUGUAUUUUAGGCAUUACUUAAUAUGACAUUCAGAAAGAAAUAUUCCUGCCUUCAUGAUUGUGUGGAGUGUUACUGUUUCAGGCGGACAGUGAUUUUUAUGUUUUGGCUGAACUGCUGAAAGAUUAUAUUGGUUUGAUUCAAGCAGUCAAGGUUGGUAAAAGUGAUGUCAUGUUGAAAUAUGUUCCUUUGUUUUUGUUACAAUGUCUACAGUUUUAAUAAAAAAGUGUUAAGUGGUUCAAAUACAAGGGAAGCAAUAAAAUGAACUGGGAAUAAAGAAGACCUACUAAAAGCCAUGUGUAGAGCUUACUCCGUAAGGGUUCUUGAUUAAAGAAAUUGUAGAAAAUGGUGUGUGAAAAAACUCAAGCUUGACAUGGCUGAAAGCAAGUUUCCCCAGAUACCAGUUGGGUGCUAUCAACAUAGCUGUAAAGCUAGAAGUAUAUUGAUGGUGACCACAACUCGUGUUAGGAUAAAGAGAGCUGGGAAUAAAGAAGACGUACGAAAGACUCGUAGCCAUUUGAGUAGCUUGUGGACAUCUUACUCCACAAGGGUUCCUGAUAAAAGAAAUUUAAUCGUUUUGCUUUUUCAGACUUUUUUUCCCAUUACUUUAAUUGUAAUUGAGUUGCAUAUGAGAAUCCAGCCAUUAUACUUUCUUGUUCAAAUUGAAAAGACAAAACCUUUUUUUUCCUUAAUGGAUACAACUACAUUUGAAAGGGGUUUCUUUGUUCCAUAGGCAAGCUUUCAAGAGCGUGUCCGAUCUUACAGUAACUGGCAACAUGCACAGCAGAUGUUGACAAAGAAAAGAGAAGCCUUGGUCAAGUUGGAACUUGCGUCGAAAAACGAAAAGCUUCCCCAAGCACAAGAGGAAGUGAAAGAGGUACAAAAUAUUGUCAAAAACUGCUUUGGGCGCAGUUUGUGUUCCUAGUGGACAUUAGCACGAGUGACAACAAUACGUGGCAUUUGACGUAAAGUAUACGUUGGUUAUGUUUCCAAACGAUAAGUUUGACAGGUUACUCUCAUUACAAUUGUAUUUUUUGUUUAUUUAGAUAAUAACUUGGUAUGUUCUUUUUUUGUAUUUUAUUUUCUCAGUGGGAACAAAAAGUGGAGAAAGGGGAAGAAGAUUUUGGCAAGAUUUCUAAGGCGAUACAGAAGGAGAUGGCACGAUUUGAGGUAAGAAACAAAAAGAGUUUGGAAAUGGAAAGUGAUACUCUAAAAAAAUCAGUUCAAUUCCCAGGUGUAAACUUAAAUCGUUGGGAGUUGAAUGUUAUUUCCUUUGUUGCAAUGUUUACAAAAUGAAAAAUUAUAGAAAAGCUCUAUUAACCUUUUUUCUUAAAACCUUUUUCUUAGAACCUUUUUCAUAAAACGUACAAUGGCAUUGUUCGGAAUGUUUUUGUUUCAUGUACUUUUGUUAUUACAAUUCGUUACAUUUUUUACAUUUUUACUUGAAAAUUAUUCCUUAUAAGCAAUCGGAAACAACCUUUAAAAUAAUUGUUCUGUCAACAGAAAAACCGAGUGAAGGACUUCCGGGAAUCUAUGAUCAAAUACUUGGAAGCCAUGAUGGAAAGCCAACAACAGGUUUGUUUCUUUGCUUGCUUUUUUGUUUGCAGAAAAAGUAAAAGAAAAAAGGGGGGUUGGGUGGAAAGCAUUUUCGCAAUAGGUUGAUGAAAUUGUUGUUAAAUGUUUCUCCCUCGUUCAAAAUUAAGAGCUUUGUCAGUUUCCGCCAUAUGACCCUGUAAUUUGUUCGACAAUGCGACGAUGGCCUAUUGGACAAGCAUGGCAGUUGGGUCAACGUCAGCUUUAGAAACUCUUUACUGUGUGCCAAUUUACAUUUAUUUAUUAACUCAGUUGUUAAAACCAUAAUAUAAAGUAAUACCUCCCACCGACGUAGCACCACAGUCUCCUUAGAUACAUACAGCCUUUAAUAUUUACAUACACUUACGUCGUGUAUCAAUAAAUUUAUUAUUAUUUUCUGUUUUGCUUUUUGCAGUUGAUCAAGUACUGGGAGGGUUUCUUACCGGAAGCUAAAGCCAUUGCAUAGACGCCUUUAAAAAUAUCGUAAUUUUUCAAAUACAAUUAAACCUGAGAACAUAGGUGUAUUUUAUUUUAGCACUUAAUUCUUGCAAAAAUUGAAAUCCUUUUUCCUAAAAUAUGACAACGACGUUGUUGACAUCUCAUCAACGUUUAUCAGUCAUUUCGUGGAGACAUCUUAAUCUUACUUGUAUCUUUGUUAAUUCCGCACUCCGUAGAAAUCGAAGCAGUUAAAUUUGUUGGACAUGAUUUAACGUAAAAAUCGAUUUUGCACAAGGAAUGGGAGCGAUUGCCACAUAAUGUUUGCAGUUUUCUUCAUACUCAAAAUAUCACUAGAGUAAAAAUGUAGAGUAUAAUUUAAUCAUGCUUAAAGAAAUCGAAGUUAACAUUGUCUAGUUUAUUCACUUAGAAUGAUCAGCUCUAAGAAUCUUGACAGGAUUGAUUUCGAAAUGAAAUUUCAUCCUCAGUGUUUGGUUUCCUUCAUUUUAGAAAAUCAAUGGACGCGCCGAAAGGAACAAUAAAGACAAAGAGAAGCUUUUUUGUAGUUAAACAGUGUCGAUGUCACAAGCUAUAGACACUAUGAAAUAAAGUUAAAUCGUGAGAUGUUUCCAG